GCGGGGGAGGAGGCAGAGGAGGAGGGUCUCCGCCGGUUGUUCCCCUCUAUGGGGGUGGGGCCGCCUUGGCGGGAGGGCCGGGGGAAGGUUGCCCGCCUGCCUGCCUCGGGGCCGGAGGUGGAAGGGUAGGCAGGGAGCGAGGGAGCGGGGUCCUCGGGGCGCCCUCCUCCUCCUCCUCGCUGCCCCCGCCAUGAACUACCAGCAACAGCAGCACCACCAGCAGCAGCAACAGCAGCAGCAGCUGGCCAACUCGGCCGCCAUCCGGGCGGAGAUCCAGCGCUUCGAGUCGGUCCACCCCAACAUCUACUCCAUCUACGAGCUCCUGGAGCGGGUGGAGGAGCCGGCGCUGCAGAACCAGAUCCGGGAGCACGUCAUCGCCAUCGAAGAUGCCUUUGUAAAUAGCCAGGAAUGGACACUAAGUCGAUCUGUGCCAGAACUCAAAGUGGGAAUUGUGGGAAAUUUAGCUAGUGGUAAAUCUGCUCUUGUGCAUCGAUACCUGACAGGGACAUAUGUUCAAGAGGAGUCACCGGAAGGUGGGAGAUUCAAGAAAGAGAUAGUAGUUGAUGGACAAAGUUAUCUGCUGCUUAUUAGAGAUGAAGGAGGCCCUCCUGAGGCACAGUUUGCCAUGUGGGUGGAUGCUGUUAUAUUUGUCUUCAGCCUUGAGGAUGAAAUUAGCUUCCAGACAGUGUACCACUACUAUAGCCGUAUGGCAAAUUAUCGCAACACUAAUGAAAUCCCAAUGGUACUAGUGGGAACUCAGGAUGCUAUAAGUUCCAAUAACCCUCGUGUAAUCGAUGACGGUAGAGCACGAAAACUGUCAAAUGAUUUGAAAAGAUGCACCUACUAUGAAACCUGUGCUACCUAUGGGCUGAAUGUUGAGAGAGUCUUUCAGGAUGUUGCACAGAAGAUAGUUGCAACAAGGAAAAAGCAGCAGCUUUCAAUAGGUCCUUGCAAAUCAUUACCAAACUCUCCAAGCCACUCAUCUGUAUGUUCAGCUCAGGUCUCUGCAGUACAUAUCAGUCAGACCAGUAACGGAGGAGGGAGUUUAAGUGAUUAUUCUUCUUCCGUCCCAUCUACUCCAAGCACCAGCCAGAAGGAGCUACGGAUUGAUGUUCCACCUACUACCAACACUCCAACACCAGUUCGUAAACAGUCCAAACGCCGCUCCAACCUUUUCACGUCUCGGAAAGGGAGCGACCCAGACAAAGAGAAGAAAGGAUUGGAGAGCAGAGCAGAUAGCAUUGGAAGCGGACGUGCAAUCCCAAUUAAACAGGGUAUGCUAUUAAAGAGAAGUGGCAAGUCGUUAAAUAAAGAGUGGAAGAAGAAAUACGUUACUCUUUCUGAUAAUGGUGUACUAACCUAUCAUCCAAGUUUACAUGACUACAUGCAGAAUGUUCAUGGGAAAGAAAUUGAUCUUCUGAGAACCACAGUAAAAGUCCCAGGGAAAAGGCCACCUCGAGCCACAUCAGCAUGUGUACCAAUUUCUAGUCCGAAAACCAAUGGCUUGUCCAAAGACAUGAGCACCUUACACAUCUCGCCAAAUUCAGGAAAUGUGACUACUAGUACUUCUGUGUCUCAGAUGACAAGUGGCAUCAGCCUUGUUUCCUUUAACAGUCGGCCUGAUGGAAUGCAUCAACGUUCCUAUUCAGUCUCCAGUGCUGACCAGUGGAGUGAGGUGACAGUCGUUGCAAACUCAGGCAUCAGUAGUGAUCGUGGAUACUGCUUGGGAGAUUCUGUGUGCUCCAGCCCAAUAUAUCAAGGUACCACAAGUCCAAAGUUGGACCCUCCUCCUCCUCAUGCAAACCGAAAAACACAUCGCAGGAAGAAAAGCACAAAUUUUAAGGCUGAUGGUAUCUCAGGCACUGCAGAAGAACAAGAAGAAAAUUUUGAAUUUAUCAUUGUGUCCCUCACUGGUCAGACUUGGCACUUUGAAGCAACAACAUACGAAGAAAGAGAUGCUUGGGUCCAGGCUAUAGAGAGUCAGAUCCUGGCCAGCCUGCAGUCGUGUGAGAGCAGCAAGAAUAAGUCCCGACUGACAAGUCAGAAUGAGGCCAUGGCCCUUCAGUCAAUAAGAAACAUCAGAGGCAAUUCUCGCUGUGUGGACUGUGAGGUACAAAAUCCUGACUGGGCAAGCUUAAAUCUGGGAGCGCUCAUGUGUAUUGAAUGCUCAGGGAUACACCGAAACCUUGGCACACACCUUUCACGUGUCCGUUCCCUUGAUUUGGACGACUGGCCUAUAGAACUCAUCAAAGUAAUGUCCUCCAUUGGGAACGAGCUAGCAAAUAGCGUGUGGGAAGAAAACACCCAGGGACGUUCAAAACCCUCUCCAGACUCCACAAGGGAAGAAAAAGAGCAGUGGAUCCGCGCAAAAUAUGAACAGAAGCUUUUCCUUGCUCCAUUGCAAUGCUUAGAGCUUUCCUUAGGCCAACACUUGCUAAGAGCAACUGCUGAAGAAGAUUUGCGAACUGUCAUCCUGCUUCUUGCACAUGGGACACGAGAAGAAGUGAAUGAAACCUGUGGAGACGGAGAUGGACGUUCAGCGUUACACUUGGCUUGUAGGAAAGGAAAUGUUGUGUUGGUGCAGCUCUUAAUUUGGUAUGGUGUUGACGUUAUGGCCCGUGAUGCCCAUGGAAACAGUGCAUUAGCCUAUGCCAGGCAAGCAACAAGUCAAGAAUGCAUUGACGUUCUCCUGCAAUAUGGUUGUCCAGAUGAGCGCUUUGUUCUUAUGGCUACUCCCAAUUUAUCCAGGAAGAACACUAACAGGAACAACAGCAGUACGAGAAUGCCGACCAUCAUUUGAAGAAUUUGGUUCUUGUUUUCUGCCAUUACUAGCAUCUACAGUCUCAUGUUAUGCAUUAAUUUGACAGCUGACUUUAUAAAAUAUCCCUUCUCCUUUUCUCCUUAGUUCUCACUUUCUCCACAGGGAAAAAUUGCCAGGAUAUUGUAAAGAGACAAGAAGGAGAAAAGAAGGCUGCAGAAACCAUUUGUUUUAAUAAAAAGAUCUUGAGUGAUGAAAUUGUAAAAGGGAGGGGAAGACAAAGAGAGGUCAUGGAUUCACUAAUGAUAGCCCAUGACAUGGGACCAUUUGGCUGGAUGUCUCUAGACAGGGCUCUUACAAGUAUUACGUGAGAGUUACUGGAGGGAAACAACAGGAGGAAGAAGAGAAGGCAUAGUAACUUUCCUUUACUGACAGUUAAGCGCAUUAGUACAUUUCACCUCUACCAAACAGAACAUUUGGAUUUCAUUCUCUUUUCUGAAGAGCUUGACGGCAUAAAUCAGAGGCAAGCACAGAGUUUGUCAGGUUUGAAGCUCCUAUGAUGGUAUGUGUCAAAUCAGUUGUAGCUAAUCUGUCCAGGGAGAAUACUGGCUUCAUUACACUUGUAUAGUUGAGUUCUUCCAGCAUUACUGCUGUUUAAUAGAACAUGAUUAGUCAUCACGGAGAAAAAAGCAUAUUAGCUGAGGAGGUAGUUACAUGGCACGCUUCGGUGAUUGCUUGGAUGUGAUUGCAAUAUUCUUAGAAGCAUCAUAUUAUCUCAGACAUGUUCUUUCAAGCCCUUGGAGCCCUCCUUUCUAAAUUCACUGUCAUAAUUUAGUAUCUGUUUAAUUUUUCAGUCCAAAGAGAGGAAAUCAGUUGCUGAGUAUUAUUUGACUGCAGUCUCCUUGGUGUAAAAACAAAAUGGAAAAAAUAAAUAAGAAUAGCUAUGAGAUGGGGGGAAAUGGAAUAAUGAAUAGUGGUCUAUGGAAAAAUAUUUCAAGUACAUUCAUUAGAAUAAAUACACAAAAGGCUAAUUUUUUCAGUCAUAAGAAAUGCAUUGUGUCAGUUUUGCCAAGGUAAAUGUGUUGAGUUUGGGUCAUUCAUUACCUAAGUUAUACUGAUUUUGUAUUGUAUCUUUAGGUUACAUGUGUGUAAAAAUCAAUUAGAAUUUUUUUAAUGUUUGUAAGUAUGCAUUGAUUUUUUUCAAUAUGACAAGUACUUCUUUAUUAAUUUAUAAACUAUAAUUGAUGUGAAAUAAUGUGCAGAUAGGAUCUAAGGGAUCACAGAUUAUAGUACUAGUCCUUGAAAACAUUCCCAGCAAAUAAAUAGAUUUUUAUUCCUUUGAUUAAAAAAUGUAUUUGAUCAAGAUGUUGGCACAGAAAAGCUACAAAGAAAUAUGGUUUGGAAGGACAUGUCAUUGUCUUCCAGAAGCACAAACAUCUUUCACUGUGUGUUUCAUGAUGCUGUUGUGGAGAAUGACUGGAGUCAUGAGCAGAGUAUGCAAAAAUCAGGGCACUCUCCCCCCCCCCUCAAAAUAAUGAAUUCUUAGCUUGAUGUAUCCUCUUUAAAUGAACAUGAUUUCUUGUGCUCCAAAAUUAAUCUUAUAGAUUGAGCUGACAUCUGGGAGGAGUUUUACAUGUAAUUUUAGAUAAUAAUUUUGGUAACACCGACCUGUCUCUUGUUUGUGUCUCUUUCUGGGGUGAUUCUAUGAUUUUGAAUUGCAAGAGGAAUUGCAGAAAUACAUUUUGAGUUGUACAUUGUGGAGAAUGCACAUUAGUGAAAACUGGGCUCAAUUAAUGAAUGAAGAAACCUUUCAAAUUGGUGAAUAUACAUAACAAUAUGAGUGUUCAUUUGCCUGCUUUUAAUAGCUCCAUAUUGUGCUUCUUUGGGACUGUUACAUUUCCUAGAAAUAGUACAGUCGCCCCUCCAUUUUCACGGACUUGAAGUCCGCAGUCUUGAUUAUUCACGGAGGGGUGAGCCCCAUUGGCUAAAAUGGGGCGCUGCUGUGGCACGCAGCCAUUCAGCCCAAUGGGGCUUGAAUAUAUGUGAGUUUCCAUUUUCAUGGGGGGGAGGUGUCUACAACAGAUCCCCCAUGAAAACAGAGGGGCGAUUGUAGUUGGGGGAAAAUAACAUGUGGAAUUAAAUAUAUGUUGAAGAAACAGGAAGAACGUCUUUUGCAAUAUACUUUAGUGAUCUGAGGCAAAUGUGGGCCACUUGUCACCACCAGCCCUCCUAGACAAAGUCAGAGGAGCCUGAAGGGCACAGACUACUGCUUUAUUCCCUUAGUUUUCUGUUUCUAUAUAUCUGACUGUGUGAGCAUGUGAAGGAAAUAGAAGAGCCCUAUCUUUGUUAUACGAAUUACACAGCAUGAGUGUAUGUCAGUGACUUUGACGGUAGGCAGCUGUUUUAAUAUAGCUUCCUUAAUACUACUUCUAGGAUACAAGCCCAUGUCAUGGACCAUGUCUUCCUUUUAUCCAUUAAUAAUCUAGCUGACAUGUUCAUCAGCAGUUGGGGUAGCAGAAUUUCCCCUCUUUGGGAAAGUAAUAUGAAGUCUUAUUGGUCAAGUUAUUGUUUUGGCUCUUUCAUCCUAGCAGGCUACUAAAAUAAGGUGAGAGGAAAUGCAUGUUAAAGGUACAAAGAGUGAGUACCUUCUCUGUUGACUUCAUUUGGGGUACUCUUGGCCGUGGCCUCAGUGAAAAUGCUGCAGCCUGACUCAGUGAGACAGUAGCUCAAAGGUUCUUGUGAAAAACAAGGCAUCUUCCCUUUUGUAGCACCAUUUUGGAAAUUAUGUCCCAGACUGAAAAGUUUUUUCAACACUAACCUGUUUAACUACAGCACACUUUCCCUCAAUAUUUUUAAUGGUCACUUUAAUAAAUGUAGCAUAACACAUUAAAUGCUGUAGCGUAAGGAUGAUAACAACACUCUUUUAAAUGACAUGUCAGUACAUAUUUCCAUUGUAAUGGAAUAUUUGUAAUUUCCAUUGUAUUUUUGUUUUUGAUUUUGAAGCAGUCGAUUUAAGAUGGUGGUAUCGUCAAUAACUGUGUGUCAUAGAAAAUGUGUUAGAUUUCCCAAGCCCAGAGUAUCAGUCUUUCGUUUUAACUAAAGCAUUGGUAUUAUUGUUUGGACUAGCACAGUUUCCUUGACCAACUGUCAGUGCCAGUGCUUUAAUAUUGUCAGGUGAUUUAAACUGUCUGGAUACAUAUCUCUUCAGGGGCUGCUGCCGAGACUCUUCAGAUGUCCAUCCACAUCUUAGCAUUCUUUUGGAAAGAAGGGAAGUUCAUCUUUAAGUUGUUGGUAUCAAUGUGAUGGUAGAGACAUGGAGAUAAUUUGAUGGAUGUAAUGAUUUUUAUUAUCAUAUGUUUUUUUUAAUUCUUAUCUGUAUUCGCACUUUGCUUCCUCCCCUUCUCACUGGAGUGUGUACAUUAAGAUGUUAACAUUCAUCUUAAGCGCCAGUAGUAUACAUCCAAUAUUACUGAACCCUUUGAGAUGGCUCAGCAUUUUUAUGUGUGGUUUGCUCAAAGUAGUUUAAAAACCAUAAGGUGCUGGAAGGGGUUGUUGAACUUUAGUAUGAGCCAAACAGAGGUAGACAAUCUCAGGCCAGUGUAGACUUUAGUUCUAGAUCUUUGCUAGUGUUUGCACAGUACUGCAAGUGUGUUUGUUGUAUAGAAUAGUAAACUAAAUUUGGAAACAAACAUCAUCUUGCAUAUUAUUCCAAAUUCCUUCCCCAGUUUGGAAAUGCAUGAGUCAGUGUGCUUUGUUUCACUGUAUGUGUCCACUACAGGUUUUCUACCUACCCCAACAAUUAAAGAAAAUUCUCCCAACAUUUUACAUGAGCCAUAAAUUUUUCAUGUGUCCAGUUGGAAUUUGAUUGCAAUUAGAAAUGAAAAUUGCUUGACAAACAUAGUUUUAGGCAUAGAUUAGAACCAUAUGGAGAUUCUUCUUGAGCUGAGAUUGUGUGGAGCAUAAGAAGGAGAAAUAGAUUUUCCAAAGCAAACAGCAGUUGUUUAACCACAUCACAGUUUCUUAAAUCACCCACUUCAUUCCUUUUCCUUCAUUAGCUGUACUUGCAUCUUUUUGUGAAACACAACAUAUUAACUAAAAUGAUUAUGCCCCUUGAGCGUAUGUGCAAAUUAAGAGGUAAUUAAAUUAUUAUCAAUAAGAAAUCACAAUAGGGAUUAUCUAGAGAGCUAAAUCUUUCUUCCUUUCUCCAAAAGUAGUCUGUGGUGGGCACUGUAAACAUGCCUUACUGAUAGCAGACUCUUUCCUGUUUUUCACCAUAUAAUACACAGUAACUGCCCCUCCUGAUUAUUGGCUGCUACUGAACUGUGAUGUUAACAUAGCCAACUGCUGAAAUAAUAAAACUUGUACCUAGGGCAGACUGCGGCGUGUAGCCCAUAAGAAAACCCUCUUCACUAGGUGUUGCCUUUGUGUUUCUGUCCCUAUCACCAGAUGAUAUUUCUUAAUCUUGUUGUCAGGCUACAUAAAUGCUUCCCAAAAUCUGGACAACAACUGGGACUCUACUUAAAAAUCAGGAACUGGACUACAUGAAGUGCUGAUUAUCCAACAAAAUGAGCAUAGUGAAAAAAAGACAGAUGAAUUUGGUCCAAACCAUCUUGUAAUAUAGAUGGGAUUAAGCACUUGGAAAUCAUUUACCCAUGUUACAGUUUUAACUACCAGGUAAUGUUUACCCAUUUCAUUAAUGCUGUUCAUUAUGCACUUUGUGGGGCACAAGCACAACACAUCUACUGGCUCCUAGUGAGCUAGGCAGUCACUUUUCUGCCUUGGGACAGUGACACCAAUAGGCACCACAGUCAUCACAUAUUCCUUGUCCACAGACUGAGACUUCAUGGACAUGCACAGUCCCCUUUCUUCCUCCCAAGUCUGCUUGUGCACAUAUGCACAAACCAUUUGUUUAAUAAUAAUGAAUGUAAGCAGGAAAAGUGACUUUCUCCUCAUUUGUCUGACUGACUGGAAUCCACACACACACCCCUCUGGACUGGAUUGGCUGGAGAAAAUGUGGUCAGUUGACAACACUGUGUGCAAGUUGGCAUGAAUUUUACAUCUAUAUCUAUGCACAUUUCAGAGAUGCCUAGGAAAUCAAAUGACAUCUUUCUUUAAACUGAAUUUUAUGGAAAUAUUAGGAACAUUGUUGUUCAGGAAUUUCAUGUAAACAGAAAGUCCAUUUUUAUUAUGACUAUGUUCAUGGUAUCCCUUAUAUAUUCAAUCACAAUCAUGUUUUAUUUUGUAGAUUGUUUUCCUUAUGUUACAUGAGAUCUUAGAGAUGUUUCCUACCAAACUAAUAUUUAGCAGCAUAAUGUAGCAUUAGGUCUGGGGCCUACAAGUUUCCUUUUGCAUGUUCAAAGUGAUUAAGAAAAUUAAAUACAAAUAUAAUAAAUGUCAGGCAGAAUUUGCUAGUGAUAUUUAUUAACUAAUUGACCUGUAGAUUCAUAUUUACUUGUUUCAGAUGUAACUUCUUGAGAAUGCACAUGUAAAGGACCAAAAAUUUGGCCAUUAGUGUUUCAUAUUAUAAUUCCAUUAGCUAGAUUUUAUCUUUAAAUAUCUACUUCACUAUCAUUUCCUCUUUCAACAGAAAGAGGAUUGUGGAGGUAACUGCCCCUUUGCUUCAGUAGUUCAAAAUUUCUAACACAUUUUGGAUUCUACUACUAUGAUUUAUAAUUAUAGUAAGAUUUGUAGUUUAAAAACAAUUUUUAAUGCAUACAAUGGUUUGAAAUAAUUUUAAAUUAAAUGACAGAUCUUACUUUCUUGAACAGCACUUCAGGUGAAAAGUUUCAUAAAUAGUGACUCUAUUGGUCAUUGUUAUUAAUGUUAGUGUAAAACUUAUAGACAACUGUAGCAUAAUCUUAAAGUGCUUCCAUUUGGAGCAACAAAUUUUUAAUCUGGAUUCUAUGUUGAUAUGUUUUUUACCGUUUCAGAUAUAUGUUAGUGCUGUUGUCACUGGGAUUCUGGGCUAUUCAAUUUAAGUGAAAUUACCAGUUCUGGAGGAGAUUUCUUAGUCUUGCAGUUGGCCAAAUAUAUGCUAGCGCUUGGGUGACCUCAGAAUUUAGUAUUAAACAUGGACACUCGCAAUAACUACCUACUCUUGUGGAAAUCGUGGCUCUCUUUAGUCAGAUUGUACCAAUAUGUAGAUGAAUUCUGAUCAGUGUUCUUAUUUUUCCGCCUGUGGAAAUUGUUAAUUCAUAGAGCCCAUGUUCCACAAAAGGCCUGAAAGUUACAUCAGGUGUUUGCUAAUGCUAAUCAACUCAGCCCUAGAUUCAUCUCUAUAAUACAAACAUUCUAUUGCACUAUGGAGAGAUUCAGUUUUAAUAUUAAUUUUGUUUGCAUAAAACUUUGUAUGUUAAGUACCUUCACCUAAUGCUUACAAUGUUGUUACUACAGCUCCCUCAUCUGGUAAUUUUUCAAGACUCUCCCUUUAAUGCACAAGCAACCCACUUUUCUAGAGCAAAGGAUCACAGUAUAUAUACCUGUUCUACCUGCCCCAUCCCACCCUACAACCAAAUCUCAACAUAGGCAUCUCCAUACCAAGUUCUCCAAAGAACAGUGUAGGCAGAGCAGCACUGUGCUCAACAUUUCAGGGUGUGAAGCAGAGACUGAGUCUCAGCAGUCCCGAACCCAGAAAGUCAACCUUCUGCCAACUCAAGAGGGCUCCACACUGAAUGUGAAACACGGAGAGCAUCUUUUUAAUACAAAGUUAAUGGUUUUAUUACAUACCAGCUGAUACAUAUCAUCUCUUUUACACCCCCCCCCCAAAAUUGUCUUUAUAAGUCAGAUGGUUAUAAUAGCAGUACAGCUUUUGGUUCUAUGCAUAAUGAUGUAGUUUCACCCUAAGGACUUAUUUGUCCCUUACUGUACUCUUAAAGUGUAAGAGGAGGGAGAAAUUCUGUGAAAAGGCAUAAUGUCCAAAGACAAAGUAUUUCAGUUUUUCGCACACUCCACUCACACAAAUCUUGCAGACCACCUACAAUGGGUCAGACUUGUAUCUGAUUCUUUGCGAGAAGUUCUGAAUGUCAUUAAAAGUGCGUUCAUUCUUUCUUCUAUACUCAUGUCUUUAAAAUUCACAGUAGGAAAAAUUAAUGUCUGAAGCAGUACUAAGACUCUAAAACUGGCCAGGCCUAAAAAUAAAAAACGCGGUGUAACUGAAGAAAUACAAUCUCCUCUUUUUUUUUUUAACCCCAAGAGGUGUACAGAACAGUGGAUCUUCUUAAUCAUGCUUCAGAAAGCAGCUUGCAAAAGUUAGAGUGUUCAGUGGCAGAUAAUUGGAUGAUAACACACAGAUGGGUGCAUCUGAGGAAAUGGGCUCUGGCCCAGGAAAGUGUAUGCUGCUGUAUAGUAGUUAGCCUUUAAGGAGCCAGAACACUCUUUGUUGUCUUUGCAUAGAUGGGUACAAUUCACCGCAUGCAGUUUUAUGUUCCGCAAAUAACGCUGUCUAACUCCACAGCAGAAAUCAGGUUUCCGCAGAUAGGUACAGUAGUGAACAUUAGUGUGUCUAUUUUAUAUGCACAAAUUUGGGCAUACACGAAGUAAGAUUUUUUACAAGGAUAUAUGGACUAAUGUAAAUAGUUCCACAGAUAUGUGGGUGCUGCAUGGAUAAAGUAAGAAAGAUGUAGACAUUACUGUAUAUGGCUGUAUGGUGAAUAUAAGGCGCUCCUGUUUAGAAGCAGGAUGAUAAAGGACAAACUAGAAGGACUUGGGGGAUGCGAUGGAAUGCCUCUUGAUGGUUUUUGUUUUGAAUAUAAUGCUCCACGUAUUACGGUGCUCCUGUGGGGAAUGAGCACUUAACUGUGUCCCUGUGGGCCAUUUUUCCAGUCAUAAACUCUCCCGUUUGUUUUUCUCACUGCAGGGGGAAAGAAACAUGAGUGUCAUUCUCCCGCCACUAUCACAAGGGUGGGAAAGCAGCUGUGGGAGAGAGUGAUUUCUAGCCGGCAAAUGAUGAGUGGGGAAAGAGUUCAGCACUGCCUUCCCAAAUGUAUGUAAACAUACACACACCUCAUGGCUGAAUCAAAAGAAAAACCAUCAGAGAUGCUCCAGUGUCUCCUGCACUGCAUCUGGUUUGGUCUAAAUGCAAGUGGGUGCUCUGAGCAUCCUGUAAAACCCUUGAAAAUGUGCAUGGCUUCCCUCUUUAAAAAUAAAUAGAUAAAUAAAUAUAUUAUUAUUAUUAUUAUUAUUAUUAUUAUAAUCCUAAAUUCCUAAUGAACAUGUCACAGCUCCAAUUAUGCUACAUGUGAAUGUGGCACAGAGCAGCCCUGUGAUCACUGUGAUUUAAUAAAUGUUGAGUCGAUGCAUGGCACUUUUGUCCAGAAAUUUGAGAGAAACAGGAAAAUGCAAGAUGAGCAGAAAGUUUAGCACGCAGGAGUUGUUGUUGUUGUUGUUGUUUUCUUUUCCCCAGUGUAAAGUAAAGCUCCACGGUUAAAGUUUGCAAGAUUCAGCUAAGUAGUUAAUUUUGACUCUGGGAAUGACAAGCUGCUCUUCUGCAGUCAGGUAUUUUUGAAUGAAUUACAUUUCAGGUUUUACUGCCACUUGUAUAGCAUUUUGUAUAUAGGCAUUGCUGAGGAAGAAAUACAUUUUAAGCAGGGAAUUUAUAAAAAUUAAGUGGCAUUUGGGGUAGCAGUUCUCCUAAAAACUUCCCCUACCUCUUCCUUCAUGAGUUCUCGUGUUUUCAGUUGUGGAAAUAUGUUUUAUGUUGGUGGAGUUAUACAUAUUGGGCUGAAGUGGUUGUUUAGAGCACUCAGUAAUUGGUAUCUGAAGUUUUUGUGUUGCUUGUUGGAUGACAUGCUUGCCUUUUUUGUCAUCUGUUUAAUACUGGAGGUAACUUACACAGAAACCAAGGCUAUGUAAGGGUGCCAGCCCUUUGUAGCCAAGCAAGUUGUAUUGGAAAGCACAGUUUGGUGAGGUAUUGCCUGACAUUCAAGCAUCUCGUUGGUUCUUGCAGUAACAAAUCAUAGGUGGAACCAAACGUAGCCAGUUUAAUCACAGAAGCCAGUGGCGGGUUACAGACCGCCAUUUAGUACGUAUUCUAUACGUACUAGGGUUAGGAAGGGGCGGUGCUUCCACACACCCCUAACCCUAGUACGUAUAGAAUACGUACAAGAUGGC